AUGCCGAGAUGGAUGGGGGAUGCUGAGUCUGAGUCGGGUGUGACCAACCAGUCUUACUCCUGCCCAACCCAGAACUUGAAAGACAAAGUGGUUAGUGUGAUUUGUGCUCACUGUGGAAAAGAAGGACACCAAGAAAGCGAGUGUCCCAUCAUCCAUCCAGAGAUCACGUUUAUCCCGACCAUGACUCAGACCACAACUCACCCCUCAUCCAGUGGCCCAGUUUCAUCCGAAACCUUAGGAGGUAGGCUAUGUUCCAGAUGUAGGUACCCUAAGACCCCACCGCGCCAGGUAUGA